GAGAUUCCAGAAUGUUCAGGGAUCGCUUGGAAGUCGAUUGUGCCAUUAAAGCUGACUCCGGAUGUGAAGCCGAGUGAUGCUCCCCAGACUCCUGGCUGUGCCUUGUCCUUGGGCCCCGAACUCGGUGCUGAGCUGGUUUUUGUUGCUUUUCCCCAUCUCUUGUUCUGGAACUGGCGCCAUGCAGACCGGUCUGCCGUUCCUGCGAGGGUAUCGUCACGGUCAGCAACCCAGAUGAACUUCACAUAUGGGACAAUUCAUACGUCUGAUAACCGGGACUAUUACCCCGUAUGGGUUAUCCCGUACCAUUUAAGUACAUGGGUACAUUGUAUGAUAGCGCUGGCAGCCUAAUGAGCCUUGACAACACCCGCCGAAUCUGCCUGCGCCGAGAUCCUCUUCUUGUAAGCCUGCACAUCGCCGGGGAAUUUCUCGACCGUUCCGUUGUCGCACACCCACAGCGAAG